AUGUAUUCAGUAGACAUCAAUAUAGAAGGCUCAUGUGGGAUUUUGCGGACUAUUGACUGUGUUAGAGUAAGGAAAUUAAAUUACUUAAAAAUCAAGUACGACUCACAAUGUAGACCUAUAAAUAUCAGAAAAGAUUAUUUAAAUAGACAGUUUACAUCUGAAGAGGUGUAUGAUGCCAUUUAUUAUAAAAGUAAAGUAUUCAAUGAUGAUAUUAUUAUAAGGCCAGAGGUAUCUGAUAACUAUGGAGAGAAGUACUUAGACACUUUUGGUAUAAAUAAUCAACUCUGCAAUAUUGAUUUUCCUUCGAAAUCUCACUUUGUUGAUAAAGUACUAUCUCUACCUUCUCGUUCAGAUAGUCUAAAGUUUGGGUUACAUCCUCAAUUGAAGAAUAAUUUUUUAAAUUAUAAUGGUUGUAAAGUUUGGCUUGGGAGUACUGAAACAAAUGAAAUGAAAUGUAUCUCUGUAAAUCCAAUGAGCAUUAAUGCCAUAAGCUGGAGUCCUCAUUUUUUUACUGGAACAUUUGUAACUUGUGGAAAUGAUGCAGUAAUAAGAGUUUAUGAUGUUAGAACUAGAAGUGACGAAUAUUCAUUUUUAUCUUAUUACAAUACUGCAUGUAUGCAAUGGAAUCCAGUAGAAGCUUAUUAUCUUGCUGCUUUACAUGAUAAUGGGAAUUUUAUGAGUGUAUAUGAUAUUAGAGGACCAAAGUGCCUUGGAAUUUUACCUCGAAAUAUUUGGAUAAGUUCAUGUAAUAAAUCACAGUUUAAUUUAAACAAAACUAGGGGAAACUUUGCAUCUUUAUCAUGGGUCCCAUAUAACAAGAAUUUAGUUUUAAUUAAUGAAUUAAAUUCAUUUUAUGUAAUUGACAUAUCAUUUUUUAGUGAUUACUUUGGUGCAGGUCAUUUUUCAAAUGUUAAAAGUACUAUUAGAGAAGGCAAUUUAAGUAGCAAUGGUAUAGCUAGAAUAGUGAAAAAUUCCAAUUUUGAUUAUGAUUCUGAAACUAGUCAUUUUAGUGAGAAUAGCUUGUCCCUAAUAUCAAGACAAUCUUAUGAAGAAAGUGACCCAUAUUUAUGCAGAAGUUUAGAUUUUAUACCAAAUACUUCCACUCUAGUUAUACUUGACUGUUUAACUAACAAGCUUCUACAAUGCAAUAUAUUAUCUACUCAAGAUUAUUUAAGUUUUCAAGAAUGCAACAUCUUUGUUCCACCAAAUUGUAUAGAUAUUUUUAUUCGGAAAGAUGAUAAGCUUAUUUUUCAUUCUAUUUCUGAAGCAAAACACUUGGAUUUAAGAUAUAAUGUGAAGGAUGACUCUAAUUUUGAAACAAUAAAAUUAAAAUUAGCACCAAAUAUAGAAUUAUCCAGUUUUCCAAGUUCUUCUUUCAUUAUAUCUAAAUUAGACUUUAUAUCACAUAAGAAGCUUUCUCUACUUUGUUUAGGCAAAAACAGAACUCAACAGGAAUUUGGGCAGUUUACCCAAAAUAAUAAGGGUAUGAAUAUAAUGAAGAAUUUACUACAGAAAUGUGUAAAUGAUAUCUUAAAUAUUUAUGAGAAGAAGAAAAGUAAUCCUCAAUUAAUAUUAAAUAUAUUGUUUAUGUCUGUACAAAGUAGUGAGAAAGUUUUUGUUCGUCUAAGACGUCAUACAUCUUUAAGAAAUCAAAUAAUUUGUGAAGAUAAUAGAGAAAAGUUUAAAUCAAUUUUAGAUGGCACUUUUGACUCUUUUGAGUUUCAUAUUAUACUGAGUUUAUGCGAAAAAAAUGGUGUUUUUAUACAUGUUACAUAUCAUAUAAACCGUACAAUGUUUGCAGGACCUUGGAAUUCUGGAGACAAAAAUUUACCUCAUGAAAACUCUAAGAUUACAAAACCUGAUAGAUAUUCCAAAUAUUCAUUUAAUAACUAUUUAGUAAUUUUACCGAUGACAAUUACAAGUAGUCAUAAAUAUCUGGAUAAACUAGCACUCCAAAAAAUAUUUUCAGCCUUUGAAAUAAGAGUACAGUUACAGGAUGAUCAUAUAAUUUUGACUGACAACACCAAUGAAUUUUUAAAUAUGCCCAAAUUUCAAAAUAAUCUCUUAGAAGUAUACACAAAUAAUUCACAAGAUGAAGGUAAUUCUUUUGAAUUUAAAAAUUGGACUCAGGUUUUAUUAAAUUGGCCAAACUUAAUAUCAAAAAAAGUAUUGAAUGUAACUUCUAAAGUUCAUAAUUCUUUAGAUGAAGAUUUAAUUGAACAAAUUGUUGAACAAAGAAAUAAUGAAGGGGUUAAAUUUUCACAAUCUGUGGAUAUAUUCAAUAAGAUAUCUAACAUUAGUUUAGUAAAGAAAUCAUCUUCCAUAUUUAGUGGAUAUAAUUCAAUAUUUGUACCUACAAAAGUAAAUAUAAUUAAAUAUAAACUUUUAGUAAAUAACAAUGAAUCUUUUGAAAACAUCAAAUAUCUUUUAGAUCAGAUCAAAGACAUCUUAAAAAUUGAUUUUAAAGAUUAUGCCGCAAACAACAAUGAAUUUGAACAUUUAAAUUUAGACUUUAAGUCAUAUUGCUAUCAGGUAUUAAUUUGGCUCAAUAAUACAUUUUACUAUUGUGCAAAUCAAGAUAUAACAAGCGCAAGAAGUUUUUAUAUUUCAACUACUAAAGAGACAAAAAGAUCUUCAUUCUUGAGUCCAUCAAGAGUUCACGACUUACUAACAAAUAUAAGAUCUGAUAGUAGCCAUAGCUUUAAUAAAAAUGAGGAUAGGAGUAGAAGAACUCCUAAAUUUAACCGAAAAGUACUAAUAUACAUCUUUAACCGUCCAGCUGACUUUUUUUUGAAUAUAACUAAAUUGGAAGUAGAUAAUCUGCUAAAGCUACUAGAAUAUAUAUGUACUUCUUUAACUAACAAUUAUAAUGCUUGUCAUUUAGUUAAAGCUGUUAAAAAACUAAGUAUAUAUAUAAGAAGGCAUCUAAACUGCAUAAUAGAGAGUUCCUAUGAGCAUACCCAUUCUACAUCUGAUUCAGAUAAAUUAUCUAAAGAAAUCCAAUAUCCGUUCAAAUGCUGCAUAUGUUUAGACAAUGUAUAUGGUCUAUACACUCGCUGUGUUAAGUGUUCCCAUGGAGGACAUACUAAACACUUUAGGCAAUGGUUCGAAGAUAAUAGGAAAUGUCCCCAAUUAGACUGUCUCUGUAAAUGUAAUAAUUGGAAGUAG